AUGGAGAAAUCUGCAUCUGCCCUUUCUUUACCCAGUCCCAACGUUCAACGGCGGCCGGUUCCAGCGCCGGUUCAAUCCCCUCCCCAAGAUGCUCCUCCAGACUAUACUGAACCCUCGGCUACCCCCCUUCAGGAGUCAUCCAGCUCUCGAGGUCCCGUUAUCUCUAAUUCUUACCUUCCACCAAUAAACUUUGCACAAUAUCAUAUUCCCGGGUCGAGUCUGUCAAAAGAUGGACUCACUAUCACCGUGGCGCCAUCAGAACUCAGCUCUAACCCACCGGCAUUGACAAAGUUCAUAGCACAGCAAGCCGCACUACCACCUAAGCCAGAGGUGCGCAUACUCGGUGUCCGAGAUAUUCCCGGUGAUCGCAAGGUUGAUUUCGAUAUCCGGAUAAACAUGCUGAAUCAUAUAGUUCGAGCUUCUGGGCCGUCUUCAUCCUGGAACUAUGUGAAGAUAGCCGGGAGUCGUUCUACUGGACCAUCAGGGGGUACUAAUGGAGACAUUGCUACAUUUGUUGAUCGGUUUUGUAGAGAUCCGGCUACCAACAAGACCUUCAUCCUAACUCGAGAGGUGAUCAAUUGGAACACUCAGAUACUGGAAGGCCGGCUGAGGACCCUAAUAGCGUCCCUACGCUACCAAGGCCGCGUUACAAUCACUUUUCCAACCACACAUUCCCGCAUCAUCGUUCCGGGGCCCAAAACGAACAAUUCGUUCUACACCCAGCUUAUAUCCUUGUUCAAAGACCCGAAACGAUACGAUAUGGUACGGUCUAUAUGGCCGUAUGCCAACAUGGCAGGUUCAGAGACCUCAGAAGACCCCAGACGAGUCUGCGCUGUUCAAUCGGAAAACGACUGGUGGGAUGAGUGGAAAAUGGUGAUUGCUACUGCUAUACUGGCAGGGAGGCAGGGCUGGCUGUCACUGGACGACUUGGUUGAGUUUGCUAUGAGCCCGGUGAGAGAGGUCAAAGUCGGCGGCCACUGGGGUGGGGCAAUGGACGUGGAAAGGGCUUACUAG